AAAACGAAACCGAAUUUCUCUCUCAAAUUCGAGUGCAUGAAUGUCGUGAAGAAGCGGAAGAGUGAAUACAAGACUCGGUGAGUAACAUUCAUUCUACAUCGUUCGCUUCGAAGAACAACCUUAUUCUCCUUGUUCUCUUCGUCAACUUCGCUAGGAUGGAGCCAAGUGCAAAUACAAAGUCAACUGAUUCGAGCGAAAUUAAAAGUGACAGAGAGUUUUCUUCUCAUACUGAUGAAAUGAAGACAGUAUCUUCUUCUGUCAUAAAUGAAGAUAUUUGUUCAGAGAUUUCGAAAAUCCAUUUGAUGAGAACUCAAGUUAGAAGUUUGAAGAAAAAACUUCUUGUUCUUGAUAUAAAUGGGCUCUUAGCAGAUGUAGUUUUUUCCCCUCCAAAGGAUCAUAAACCAGAUGCAAUCUUUGCAAGGCGAGCAAUAUUCAAGAGGCCCUUUUAUCUUGAGUUUUUGGAGUUCUGCUUUGAUAGAUUUGAAGUUGGCAUAUGGUCUUCAAGAUUGAAGAAAAAUGUUGAUCGAGUCAUUGAUGCUUUGAUGGGAGACAUGAAAAGCAAAUUGCUUUUCUGUUGGGACAUGUCUCAUUGUACUGAAACAAAUUUCAAAACUCCUGAAAACAAGUACAAGAAUGUGGUUUUCAAGGAUCUGAGGAAACUUUGGGAUAAGCACGAUCCAAAUCUUCCUUGGGAGAAGGGAUAUUAUAAUGAAUCAAACACAUUGCUGUUGGAUGAUUCUCCUUUCAAAGCAUUGCUUAAUCCUCCAAAUACCUCGGUCUUCCCUCCUACAUUCGGUUAUCAGAACAAGAGCGACAAUUCUUUAGCUGAAGGAGGGGAUCUGAGAGUAUAUCUAGAGGGAUUGGCAAAUGCUGAAGAUAUGCAGAAGUACGUAGAGGAACACCCAUUUGGCCAAGAACGCAUCAGUGAAACGAGUGAAUCGUGGGACUUCUAUCGCAAGAUUAUUGAUAGUCUUUCUGUAGGUCAACCUGAAGACAACGUGACCUCGACUUGAAUAUCAGCAUACAUUUUGCAUACUGAAUGAAUCAGAGCAAUUCUCUUAAAGAGAAAAUGAGAUAUAGAAGGGUUUUCGUUUUCUAUUAUUCAACUUUUUGACAUGGUUUUGUUGAGGAUUCCUUUAGAAAGUAUUAAUGAAUUAGCACCAGGGUCCACAUAAGAACCAGGGUUCUGCAUGCUCAACAGGUUUUGAUAUGGUAUUGUUGAGGUUUCCUUCAGAAAGUUAUUAAUGAAUUAGCAUUUGUGAACUGUUCAUUAG